UGCUGUGCUUUGCAGACAGUGCACUUCAAUCACUCGAUUAUUUACCUGAGGAAUCAAAGGACUCUGGAACAGCAAAUAUUUAAAGUUAGACAUUAACUGAGGUUAAACACUGCACUCCUCAUAGAAGGCCUGCUUUUCUUUAUCUAAAAAACUGAGCCAUGAGAGACUUGAGGAUGACAUUGCUGCUCUAUGUGUUGCUGUGUGCCACAGGCUUUGCCAGUGCCUCAGUGUUUUACAGCAGCCAGCAGGCAAAUACUGUAUUGCGCAUUCACAAGAGAGCCAACAGCUUAUUUGAAGAACUCAAGCAAGGCUCACUGGAAAGAGAGUGCAUGGAGGAGAAGUGCAGUUUUGAGGAGGCACGAGAGAUUUUUAAAACCAUGGAUGCCACGUUAAAUUUCUGGACCAGAUAUUAUGAUGGAGACCAGUGUGACCCAAACCCCUGCCAUAAUGGAACCUGCAUUGACCAAAUUGGGUCUUUUCUCUGCCGUUGUGAUCCUAAUUUUGAGGGUCGUCUCUGCGGAUAUGAAAAGUUUGCCACAAACUGCUCAAAUGACAAUGGAGGCUGUGACCAUCAAUGCAGGGAAGAUGCCCAACAGAAAAGCCGUCAGUGCAGCUGCAUCUCUGGAUACAGCCUUGAUGAUGACAACCGUCAAUGCAGUAGCAAAGAACAAUUUCCAUGUGGACGCCUUCAGGUUGAGAAAGCAGAGGACCCACUACUUGAGUUCAAACAGCCUCGUGAGAUAAUGCCAUUUGUUGUGGGAGGUGCAAAGGCGAAAAAAGGACACAGUCCCUGGCAGGCCCUUAUUCUGUUUUCAGGCCGGUUCCACUGUGGAGGAGUGUUGAUUGACCAGAACUGGGUGCUCACUGCUGCUCAUUGCAUCAAGACAGCGACCAAAUUCAGGGUGCGGCUAGGUGACUAUGAACGCCUGCGCACAGAACACACAGAAGUGACCCUGCUUGUGACAGAAAUUAUUGUUCAUCCAAACUACACAGAGAAAAUUGAGGACAAUGACAUUGCAUUGCUGCGCCUUGAACAUCCAGUGACCUUUACCAAAUACAUCAUCCCUAUCUGCUUGCCACCACAACCACUGGCAGAGAGUGUGCUAAACAAUGAAGGCACCAAUGUAGAAGUAACUGGCUGGGGUAAACAGCAUGAAAAUGCCAAAAACCAAAGCAGUGCUCUCCGCUACAUCAAAAUUCGGUUGGCCUCUCAUGAAGAGUGCUCCACCCUGAUGACCAGCAAGCUCACAGAAAACAUGCUAUGUGCUGGCACACUUGGCGAGAGCAAGGAUGCUUGUUCUGGGGACAGUGGGGGCCCAAUGGUCACUAAGUACAAGAACACCUGGUUCCUUGUGGGGCUGGUCUCUUGGGGAGAGGGUUGUGGGAGGAUUGACAAGCUUGGAGUUUACACAAAGGUCAGUAACUACUUGACUUGGAUUCGUAAUAUUAUAGAGGAGCACCAGAGUGUUUGAUACCCUAUGAUCAUUUGAAAACCUUUUAGCCUCUUCUGAACAGAGCCUCUGAACAAAGUAUUAGCAUCUCAACCUGUUAUUUUCUUUGAUUAUGUUACAGUGUCAUCCUAAAAGAUAAGGCACUUCAAGUGACUAUGUUGGUUCUCAUUUUUUAGGAAGUUAUUGUGUUUUGUGUAGUCUCAGUAUCACAUACAAAUGAACCCAUUAAAGCUGCAAAUGCAAGAUUUGUAGAGGUGUCCUUUCCACAAUGUGGAGAAAUUUUCAAAUCCAUGGUGAAGAACACUUUAUGUUAAUAAAAAAAGUCUUCUUGUUCA